UACUGCCAGGGCAUUCCUGAAUUAAUCCAGGCUGAGCUUUAGAGGAGAGAACAAGAGACAGGUGUAACCGGGUGGGAAAAAUCCCACAAUGCUGGUGAAGCUUUUGCUCAUCUGUAACACGAUAGGAUUGGCAAAGCUGGUCAAACACUCAGACUAUCAUGGGUAUCAUGAUGGUUCAGUGCAUAGCUCAAAGCCACAAAUCUAUGAGACCUCUGCAUACCCUCAGAGGACUCCUCUGUCCCACGAGGAAGAAGGUUAUUGGGAGACAGAACAGCUCAUGGAAAAGACUCAAUAUUACCCUUCAAGUGUGAUCUCCUCACAUCAGGAAGAGGAUUUUGAAGCUGCAAGCCCACAGUCCCGAAAUGGGAACUGGUGUUCCUUCAUGCAGUCCCGUCUGGUAACAUACAUAGAAGCCUGCAUGAAGGAGAAGUACAUUGUCAACUCCCAACAGCCUUGCCUAAAUGGAGCACCAGACUGUCAGAAGAUCAUGUACAGGACUGCUCUGAAGCCAGUCUAUCAAGUGAAACAGAAAGUUCUGAAGUCUUUGCAGUGGAAAUGCUGCCCUGGAUUUAUUGGCAAAGACUGUGAACAGCAAGAUCCCAAUUUUAUUCUGGUGCCAGAAAAUCAAACUGAAGGAUGGGAAGAGGAGGAGUUCUCAAACCACGUGUCAACAUCAGUGGAUUCACGAGCAAUGUUGGAAGUCAUUCAAAAUCAUGAGGCAUUACUGGAUGAUCUUCAAAGUGAUAUUCAUCAAGCAGUCAGCAACUUAGGUGACUUACAGAGAAUAUUUGAAAACAACGGUACAAGCAUGGUGUUAGAAGUGAACCAGAGCAAUUCAGAUCCACGGGAAAGACUUCUGCAGCAAGUUUUGUUUCCCCACGUGGAGAAUUUUCUAAGGAAACAUUUUAACCCAAUGUGGGCAAGCUUCAACAGCAGCUUACAGAACCUCUCAAACAUCGUAAGAAAUCUGUCCCAUGAUGUGGAAGCCAACAAGAAAAGCAUAGAAAGAUUCCAAGAGAGCACUGUGCCCAAGAAGGAAUUCCAGGAGCUAGGAACUAAGUUUGAAUCAAAAGUCCAAGAAAACAUAGUAAAAGUUGAUCAGGUGAAAAGAGAGAUAGAGAACCAAUUGCAAAUGCAGCAGGCUAGCACUCAUUACCAUCUCAACACGAUCAAGGCAGAUACUGACACAAAGCUCAAGAAGUUUCAUAAGAUACAGCAGUCUCAAUUGUUAGCUUUGAACAACAGCAUAACAAACAUGCAACAAGAGCAAAACAACCUUGAAAAUCAAUUUGAGUCUUUGAAAAAAAAUUUAACAGAACUGUCCUCACAUCAUGGGCCCAAAGAUGAAAAUACUCAAUUAACCAUCAGACAAAUAAAUGACAUUCUGGCAGGGCACACAAAGCAGCUUAAAGAACUUUACAUGGAGUCAGAUGUGGCCUUCCAGAAUAUCGCAGUUUUAGAGAGGUGGUUUAAGGAGUUAAAAAAAAAUAUCUCAAAGUAUAAACCAGAAGAUUUUACAAUAAGUUUAAUGGAGGGAUCACUUAUUAUGGAAGAAAAUAAAGAAGCAAUGGAAAGGCAGAUAUCAGAGCUCAACUACACCCUCUCGAAUCUUCGGGAAAACUAUUCAGACUUGCUGAGGUACAUGGAGGAAUGUAAUUGCCAGAGAAUAUCUUCUGAUGCUGACGUACUGGAGGAAGAUUAUAAGAAUAUCACUCAUUCCCUUGAAGGCACUGGAUCAAACUUCAAGGACAUGAAGCACUUAGAGUCAGUUUUCAGAGAUCUCUUGAGGAAUGAAAUUGAAGAGCUCUCCUCAGCUCUUCCAUCCAUCCAUCAGUCUCUUAGUCUCCGUCAAGAAGAAAACAGAGAGCUUCAGUCACAAGUUACAGCUUUUUCAGAGGACAUAAACUUCUUGAAGAAGAAAGACGAAGAAAUCCAUCAACACAUCAAGUAUCUCAACAGCUCAUUUGGCUCUCUUUUGAAAGAUGCCAUGCGGCAUGAAGCAGCACUGGAGGCUGUACUAGGUGAAGAAUUUAUGGAAGUCUUGUUUGAAGAAGAUCCUAGUAUCCUAAUAACAUCAGUAUUUCAGCUGCAAGAAUCACUCAGGCAUAUCUCAGAUAAACUCCAAGAACAAAAUGUGACUUUAGAAUCUCUUAUAAGGAGAUUUCAACAGAAUAAUCAUUAUGCUCAUACACCUCUUAAGCAUCCCAAAGAAGAAACACAAACAUCCUCUACUCUACAUGACGUCAGCAGUCAACGCAACAUCGCAGAACAUAUGGAACCUAACUAUGAGGCUGCCAAAGAUGAUGCCUUGGAUAGCUCAGCUUAUAAUGAUAUCAUGACUCUGAAGAAUGAUAUCAAACACCUGAGCUUGGCAAUCAAGAGGCAUGAAUCCAGAAGUGACAUGAAUCUCUGCUGCAAUCAUACAAGAGGAAAUGUAAUUGAGUCACUCAACAUUUCUGUGGAACUUCUCUCAGCAGAUUUAGCAACCAUCAAGCAGAAGCUGGAGGAGCAUAUGCUGAUUUUUAAAAAGAUAUUUGGAAGCAAUGAAGAACUAGUUGCCUCAAAUACAAGUUUAGAUGUUAAAAAGAUACAGUCAAUGCUGACCAAGAAAGAAAGAAAGCAACAGAGAAGUCAAGACAAGCAAAGAGACAAGAAAAAGCCUGAGAAGCACAGAGAAAAUACACAGAUGAUAAGUGGAAGAAAUACAGUGCAGACAGAACUUUCGCAAAAAGACUCAUCAGUGGCAUUCCACGUGGGAUUCUCAGAAGGAAAGGAUAAAGAAAAAACUCUGAGAUUUAAUGAAACUUACCUCAACUAUGGAAAUGGCUAUUUCCCUGAACAUGGCUACUUUAAAGCACCACAUAAAGGUGUCUACCUGUUUGUCAUCUCUGUGGAUUUUAGCUCAGGACCAGCACGAGGACAACUCUCCUUUAGCAGUGGGUACAAAAGAACUCUAUCAAGUAGUCAGAGGAAAACACCAAAUGGAAACACCAUGACUAUCUUUGCUAUGGCAGAAAUGGAGAAGGGGGAGAAAGUAUGCUUUGAAUUGCUGCAGGGCUCUGUAGUCAAACGGAGUCCACCUGGGACAACGAUGGGUGGAUUCCUAAUAUUUAAAACUUGAAUAGUGACAUUUUGUUUUAUUGAUAUCUUUCCAUAGAUGCAAUGGAUCAAUUCACUAUUGCUUCAUCUGUGAUGUAUUCAAUCCUACAGCAUGUGUUUAAACAUAGCACUACCCUAGAUUUGUCUUCAUGCUUCUUUUCUGGAAGUGUUUGGCUUCUGAUCAGUUGCUUAUGAGCAGCAACGGGAUUUUCUUUCAAGUCAUAAGCUAAGAGUUUGGAUUCCAAAUGUACCAGCACACAAUCCCAAAUCCUUCCACUGUGAGAACUGUGUCCAAUUAGAAAAAAAAUGCUUCGUGGGACUUCCUUCACAUGUGACACAAAGAAUUUAUUCUUUCCCCUUGCAGAAUAUUACCCUUUCAUGGCAAAUAUUCCCACCAUUGUCUAGGAAGAUUUUAGGAAGGACUGCAUAUACCAACUCUUACAUUUUGUGAAUAGUAGCUUAAAACCAAGAAGCCAGGUCCAAUGUUACCUUUUAGCAGAACACAGGCAGUCACAGACUGUCUGAGAAACUCCUACAACUCACUCCAAUUCAGUGUUUCAGUCUGCAUACAACAUCAACACUAGAAGAGAUUCAUCAAUUUUGUGAGAUGCACCCUGUGCUAGUACUUGUAAGCAAGGAGCUGAGAAAUGGCCCAGUCUUUUGCUUCUGGGCCUGUGUUGCAUUUCAACUGAACUGCAAAAAUGUAUUAGUAUUUUAACAUUCAUUAUAUAUACAUUCAGACAUUAGGACAAUGUCAACAAUGUUCCAAAAUAUUGGUGAAAAUGCAGUUUAUUGCUAAAGAUAAUCCUGAAGAAUAAUAGUGAACUCAGCGCAGAGUUCAGCAUUUAGUUAAUAGUUUAAAACCAAGAAAGCAAAGAAAACCAACAGCAGAAAAGCAAGCUCACUGGUCUACUAUACUUGUUGAAUAUAAAAUCAAUUUAUAACUAGAGCAAACUAAACAGCAGAAUUUCUGAACUGCAGAGCUUUUCUGAAUUUCCAGCUCUCAAGAUGACCAUCUCUGGUCGUGUCUUAAAAUUUUCCUCUGUUAAAGAAAACUUCCCAAAGGCUUUAAUUUCAAAGAAGUUCAAUUAUUGUGAUAUUUGUCCUCGAAUAUCCCAAUACCUUGGAAAAACUAUUAAAACAAUUGACUUCGCAAAAAAGAAAUAUAUUUUAAAGUUCCAAUUAUAUCUGAUGUAAGAGGUAAAUUCUUCUUAUGUAUUUUAUGCCCUUUUAAGGUAGCAUUAUCUCACAAAUCUAUCAGGCUGGUAAGAGGUCUCCUCCUUACGUGCUUGUAUUGUAAGCAACACUGACCUGCAAGAUGACAAAGACACACUGGUACCAACACUCACUGCACUUCAGACAACGCUUUGACAAGUGGACAGGAUGUUUCUUUUGAAUUAAAGUUACAAAGCAGUUUUAGCUACUGACCCACUGACAAGACAAUAUUCUCCGUCCUGAAAAAAACCCAACAAGGCAAACAACUUAUCUCCCAUCUACUCCUAGCCAGUAGGAUUUUCAAACAAGAUUAACUGGCCAGGCCUUCCCAUUUACCAAGUAUGGAGCCACAUCUUGCCCUGCUGUGUGGAAAGCAACACCCAGUGCCUGCAAGCUCAGUCCCACAGGUUGCUCAAGUAUCUGAUAGAAAGAAGAAAAAAAUUGAAGUGGUGAAAUGUCAAAAAGGAAAAAAGCAUCACAUUGUAAGAUGGGUUUUCUGUACAAAUCAACGAUAUUGGGGUAACCCAGCUGUUUUUACCAGCUGUUUUUAUGGACUCUGGUGGUGGCAGCAUUCUGCAGUGCCAAGUGAAGUGUGCUGCCUAGGUCAGGGCAGCUCGAGGAACACCCCAUCUUCAGUGCACACCAGCUCUGCAGCUAUCAGCCAAGUUCCACAAUUAAAUAUGGACAGGGGAUAUAUGUAUUUAAAAACACUUUGCUUGUUUUAAAAGCUUUGACAGAAAGCUCCUUGGAAAAGGACAUGACAGGUAGUAGACAGGACAGCAGUUCAUCCAGACAGGACUUUUAAAGGUUUGCUAUCCUUGUGCUUACCAGUCUACUUUUCCUUGAAGGAUAAGCGAAGCAAGUUCAGAGAUCAUGGACUCCAGAGUGAACACAUGUAAACAUAAAGAUGUUUCCAUAUUUGUAUUCUUCAAAUAUGUUCUUAAGUUAGCCACCUGCACAUACAAAGAAGACAUACUUGACUGGAACACUCAUUUUUAGACUACGAAGCAAAAAGUUUGCCUGAUGUAAUGAGGUAAAACAUACUAUUGGCUGCCAGGAAACCUGACUUCCUUCUAAAGUGACAAGAAAAAAGAUGAUUAAGCUACUGGGUGGUGGUUAUGUUUUUAAAAAUUAAUACGUCAGCUUUUUAAUAAACUUCCAUCUAAGCCACCUGUAAAAUUCAAGCAAAUUAUUUGACUACUGGUAUAAAUGUAAUACCCCACACCUCCCCCACAGUGCUUGUUGUUUGUGGUUUUUCAGGGGUUUGGUUUGUUGGUUAUUUUGUAAGAUUAAUACAGCCACAUCACCUGUGUCUUCAGGCGACAGACUAGAGGAAAUUCUUUUAAUGAAGAGACAGUGGAUUCCAAUUAGGACCUACAGGAAAGAAAAAAUUGCCACAAAAGUGACAAAAAGACAUGGAUGAUUAUCUCACAGUCUAAAAAUAAAAGCUAUUGGUUGACUGAGUGGAUUAAGAAUAGGGAAUGUGACAAACUAUUUGAAGCUGGCUAUAUGCAUUAGGAAAAGACAGCUGUCUGUAGAAGACAAGUUAUUUCAGUUGAACUCAAAGCAGACCAACCAGACUAGCUUGCCUGAUGGCAGUUUUAGCCAGGUACCAAAAGGUACAGAAACAUGAAUGCUCACUCCAAGAUAGAAAUAUAUAUAUAAACAACCUGAACUUCAUAUUUAAAAAAAAUAAAAAUGCUUCCAACUUCUCUUAGCACUUCCCAAAUAUCCUGGAACUGCCAGAAAACAUUGCCAAUAGCUCAGCUUUCUGGAUGUCUAGAUCAAACCACUAAGCUUGAUAAAAAUGAACAUCUUCAUGCCUUUGCAUAGUUAUUUUGUUACUGAAACUUUUGAAUUACUGCAUGAAUAUCAGUGGGAAAAAUUGAAGUGGUAUCUCAGGGAGAGGUAGAAAAUAAUCAUACACAAAUGAUAACAUUCUGAUAUUUAGUAUUAGCAGGUAAUAGAAUUUAUUUCCAUUUAUCACAACCUCCCAUUUUUUUCAAAAGGAUCUUUGUAUCUUUAGGAUAUAGUACCAUCCUGUGAUCAUUUGAGAAGCAACAUUAGGGGAAAAAAAUUAAGUGCUUGUCAAAAUGAAGACUGGUGCAAAAAGCUUGUUACCCACAGUACAUUGAAUACGUUCUCCUGUAACACUACUAUGAAAUUCCUUUUUUCAAUCUAACCAUGAUCAGUGUGCUCCAUUAAGACAUUCCACAAAUGACAUAACAGUCACAACCAUAGGAAAAAAAAAAAAGAGUUUACCACGAUACUAACCGUAAGGAGAGAAAAUCUUCGUGCAGUUUAAUUUCCUGGUGUUACAUAUUCAGGAAAAAAAGAUUUAAAACUAUGUACAGUCUAGUCUUCUGCUGUAUUUUCCAGAACUCCAAUGCAAGAAUUUCACAUUUGACUUCACAGGAGAAAGAAAGUGUUACAAUUAUCUUUUGUAAUUUACUGCUAACAAGUUAUAUGAUGCUCAGAUAUCAAAACUUUCUCACUACCUUAAAAACUUAAGAUUAUUCCUGAUCAAAGGCAAAAAGAGAACAGGAAUUGGUCUUAUCUGUUCCGCCUUGCAAAUUAAAAGUGACUUCUAUGGAAAACAGUAGCUGACACAUUUCUGCAAUGAGAAAAACUGAGAUUGUACAGAAUUGUGUACUCACAGAUGAGAUAUCCCCUUGCUUGGUCUUUGUUUGCCUGGAUCAUAAAAACUCGUGAAUUUAGCAGACUGUACAGAAGCACCUUCAUAAUUUUGUAACCACCAGCACCUAAGUAUAUUACCUCAAAUAUCUUAAUUUGGAUAUCAAUACACAAAAAGAAUGUCGUAUACAGUAGGAACAAAAAUCAAUUACAGAAUCCCCCAUCCCUUAAUUUUUUCUCUUCUUAUUUGAAUAGCUUGAGGCUCUGAAAAAAAACAACAUAGUGCACUUGUAUAUGCUCAAAUAAAACAAUUACUGAAUUUUUA